AUGGUUGUCUGUCACCUGCACAUCAUAUCCCUGAAGGCAGGCGUCUCGAUCGCCGGCUUUCUCGCCCAACUUGGCGAGAACGGCGUCAAGCCAGUCUUCAAAGCCCGAGUCUUGCGAUGGAUGAUUCUCCCAACAAGAAUGUCGGCCGGCCAUCUGCUUGGCCGCAACACCCAUUGGGACAUACUCCUGGGUCUCGAGGAUGGCGCCACCAUUCCAGCGUCGUCACAGGCCGACAUGGCAUCCAUUUGGACUGCCUCAUGCGGCGUCAGCGCCAAUGCCUUGUCAAGCUACAGCGAUGUCAAUGCGACGCUGUUCAACCAGGCUUCAGCCCUGUCAAGAGGUUCAGUUCAGCUCCCAGCGCCCUCAGACGGCGGCGACACUUCUCAGAACCUCGAGCUCUCGUCCGAGUGGGUGCAGUGGAUAGCGGCCUUGCCCGGCCCGGUGCGGGAACACCCCGUUUCCAUGCUAAACCUGCUCGCCUUCCACCCUGGCAAGAAAGACCAGUACAAGAAAUACGGCGCCGAGUUCUCCCGGCGCGUGGGCUCGCGCCACGGCGGCCACGUCAAGGUCGUCGGACGGGUGCUGGAGGGUCAGGCCAAGCGCGACGGCUGGGACGAGAUUGCCUGGGUGCACUACCCGACCAUCACGCACUUCGCCGCCAUGUCGGCCAGCAGGGACUACCAAGACGUCAAUCGGGAAUACAGGCUCGGCGCCCUGAAGGACACGUUUAUCCUGUGUUGCCAGGAGCUCGACGACCAUGGUGAGCUCGCCGCUUCCAAGCCCGGAAGCAGCAAGCUGUAG